AUCCAAGUGCAUCGCCUCGGACUUCCAAUGGAGGACAUAUUGGAUUGGUCUGGAGGAAUGGCAGACAGUCUUAUUACUGCAUAUCUUGAGAUUGACGUCCAAGGACCCAAAGUACGAGUGGCUGAUCAGAAGAGACAAGCCAUCCGGUCCCUUGAGAUCUUACUCGCUUGCGUUCGCUCUGUGAUAGAGACUACUUCAAGAGGGAACGAGCCUACGUACCCUCUUCCUGGGUAUCUUCAAGGCAGUUGGGUCCACAGAGUCCUCUCUGUCCCUGGUCUAGCAUAUGACCCCGUCGUUGGGCGAGCCCUCCGGGAACUGCUACAGACGUUUUUUGACGCUCGUAACGGCGCUAUGCCUGCAGCGGACUCAAGCGCUCCUGUGAACAAUUCAGAGAGCCAAGACGAGUAUGGUGCAUUUGAUUUGGAUCUGGAAGACCCAGACGUACUGGCUGCACUCGGUGGCCCUGUCGAACCUUCACCUAUUGAGAUCAAAGAGAACGCAACACGCGAGAUCAUCGCUUCAAGCGUCUCGCCAGCCAUUUAUCACUUCAUUUCCAAGUACCCUACCACGCCAGAAGAUGAUCCGAUGCCGAGGCAAAGCUGGGAUGACAUGGACGGAUGGGUCGAUCGUUGGGUUGACUAUUCGCAAAUAUGUGUCAAAAGUGGCAAGCAGGAUUGGUCUUCGUAUCUAGAACUUGGGGCUUUCUCCUGGGAAAAGAUUCUCGACGAAUCAUGGCGUCGACACGUUGGUCUACGGUUCAUGUACAGACUGCUGCAAGUCGAUCCGCAUUCAUACUCGGCAUAUAGAAAUCAGUAUCUCAAAGUAUGGAUAAUAUCCCUCGUCUGCGUCAAUGUCACUGUGGAACAUCAGUAUACAUCGUUGCUAUUGAAGACUGAUAAGAUGAAUCACCCAUUGCUACGAGACCUACCUACGACGAUCGACGCCACCCUCUCGAGGACAGAAUUUCAAGGAUUCCGGUUACCGUUUCUGAGAGUAGUCUUCAAGCAUCUAUCUGACGAUCUUCAGAUCAACUUCGGAAUACCUUCAGGUCAUAACCAGCUUUAUCUAAGCUAUCUAGCUUCCGCAUUCUCAGCGAUGAGGAAUAACUAUGAGGACAAGGAUGGCUUUGUCUAUCGAGACUUCUGCAAGUCUGUUUUUGUUGCAUUGAAAGAAUUUCCUUUGAUCUCUGCACAUUCCACUCUGUCAUAUAGUGUAUUAUGGGGUAAAUCAAUGGUUUGAAAGGAGUC